UCUUUGUGCAAAGAAAAAAAAAACCUUCUCUAAUCUAUCUAAUGGCUUCAAUAGGGUUAUUUGAAGCAUUCAUAGCUCUACUUUGCUUUCUCAUCUUCUUUUACUUCCUUGUCAAGAAACCUUUCAGUUACUUACCCAUCAAGAAAACCCUUGGAAGCUGCCCUUGGAACUGGCCGGUUCUUGGAAUGCUUCCCGGUGGGCUCUUGAGGCUCCAGCGCAUCUAUGACUGCAGUGUUGAGGUUCUUGAGAACUCCAACUUGACGUUUCAAUUCAAAGGUCCAUGGUUCGUUGGAAUGGAUGUAUUAGCCACAGUUGAUCCAGCUAAUAUUCAUCAUAUAAUGAGCUCAAACUUCUCAAAUUACAUCAAAGCAAGUACCACGAAGAGUAAACUCAAGGAUGGGCUUCUGCCUCUUUUCAAUCACUUUGCAAAUGAAGAGAUGGUUGUGGACUUGGAAGAUGUGUUCCAGAGAUUCAUGUUUGAUGUAACCUUCAUUUUCGUAACCGGGUCUGAUCCCAGAAGUCUCUCCAUUGAAAUGCCAGAGGUUGAGUUUGCCAAAGCUCUUGAUGAUGUGGGAGAUGCGAUUGUGCAUAGGCAUAUUACACCAAGGUUCGUGUGGAAGCUACAAAAAUGGAUUGGUCUCGGAACAGAGAAGAAGAUGACCGAAGCUCAUGCCACUCUUGAUCGUGUUUGUGAAAAACUUAUAGCAGCAAAGAGAGAAGAGCUAAGAUCAAAAGAGAUUACUAAUGAAGAAAGUGAGGAUCUGUUGACAUCCCACAUAAUGCUUGACGCAACCAAUUACAAGCUUUUGAACCCUAGCGAUGAUAAGUUCCUCAGAGACUUCACAGUAGGUUUCAUGGCAGCUGGAAGAGAUUCCACUGCCUCUGCACUCACUUGGUUCUUCUGGAAUUUGUCUGAAAACCCUAACGUCUUAACCAAGAUUCUCCAAGAGAUCAACACAUAUCUACCAAGAACCAGAAGUGAUGACCAAGACAAGUCAUCGUACUUGAACAAGUUGGUGUACUUACAUGGUGCAUUGAGUGAAUCAAUGAGGCUUUACCCACCAAUACCAUUUGAACGCAAGUCUCCAAUCAAAGAAGAUGUGCUUCCAAGUGGACACAAAGUCAAAUCAAAUAUCAAUAUUAUGAUCCUUAUCUAUGCUAUGGGACGAAUGAAAACUGUAUGGGGAGAAGACGCAAUGGAGUUCAAGCCAGAGAGAUGGAUUUCAGAGACAGGAGGGUUGAGACAUGAGCCUUCUUACAAGUUCUUAUCCUUCAAUGCCGGCCCAAGAUCAUGUCUCGGUAAGAAUUUAGCUAUGAAUUUGAUGAAGACCGUGGUCGUGGAAAUAUUACAAAACUAUGAGAUUAAGGUUGUCACUGGACAGAAGAUUGAGCCAAAACCUGGUCUCAUUCUUCACAUGAAGUAUGGGCUUAAAGUCACAAUGACUAAGAAAUAUUCCAGCUUUGAGUGAAAUACUCAGGUUGCUUUUAAUUUAUUUUCGCUAAAAAUAUAAUUAUGCUAAUAAUAAAGAGAAUGGUCCUAA